CCCCGAUGGUCUAGUUGGAUAUGGCGUUCGGCUGUAAUAGGAAUUUCCAUUGUUACCGAAAGGUCGCCGGCUCGAUUCCGGCUCGGGGGAAGGAUUUGAUAUCUUUUUUUUAUCUUUUUCGUCGCCGAGCCUUUUCUCAUUCGCAAAGGGGUUUAUUUGCAUUUUGCAUUUUGCUGCUCUGAAGAGGCUAUUCGCGGUUGUGAGGGUUGCUUUUAACAUGGCAAAGGUGCUUGGGAUACAUCAGAUGGUCAUCAGUACCUAUCUUCUUGACAAAAAUAUUAAUGUGUACGACAGGCCUCUUAGAGUAGGAAUCAGAACCCAAGAUAUUAAUGAUAACGCGCCUCUACUUCUUGUCCGUAAUAUUUAGUACUAGUGGCAAAGCUGUGCGGUAGGUAAGAUCUAUCUCCCUUCGAAACCCGAUCACUGUCGCAGAGAAACAGAUAAGUAUGGUUUCGACUUCUGUCUUCGAGGAAACUCAUAGACAAUCAACAUCCAAG